AUGGGUGCUCCCGUCAUUUUAUGCGGCAAGACCGAGUCUAUCGGCAAGGGUGUCAUUGAGACCCUGAAGCCAGAAUUCGAUGUUAUCCACUUCGUUAUGACUCCGGAGAGCGGCAAAGAGGAGAUUCCUGCUAUCUUCCGGGGUGAGAUCCCCCUUUCGGCUGACUCUAAACUGGGUUCUAAAGACUACUCACAAAAGCCGGUUGCCGUAAUCCUCGGCGGCGGUUAUGAUGAUGCGGCCACUGAGGUGAUGAUGGAGGCAUCUAAGGGCAUCCAUCCUAUCCCCUGGCUGCGACCUGACUUGGGUAUCCCUGCUCCGCCACUAGGCCCCGAGUACGGUAACGCGCUGGUUGCACGUAUUAAGGAGAAGUUGGCUGCGAUGGAGAAGGAGGGCACGAUGAAGGAAGAAAAGGUGAUUUGGUACUAG